UUUCAUAGGUAAGGAAAUACGAGUUGACAGACCAGAAAAAUGAGUUUGUCAAUGUCAAAAUUACCAUUGGCGUCGACUCGUCUCAUGCUUGCGUAGUAACUGUGACAAAGACAAAAAUGGUAUAUAUCUGUUGUGUGGCAGGGUGCCUUAAUAGUAGUUUGAAAGGGUUCAAACUCUUUCAUAUACCAGAAGGUGAAAGAAAUAAAAGAAAACGCUGUCAGUGGCUUCAAAGGAUUUGUAAGGACAAGGGAGAUACCCAUCACAUGCGCAUAUGUCAGAUUCAUUUUAAUGACAAAGAUAUUGUGAAGUCGAAGUGUGGAAAACUGAAAUUACUACCAAAUGCAGUACCAAGAACUCAUCUUCCAAGAAAAUGUGACUCUAACGUUCCAGACUUCAAGUUUCCAGAUUGUCCCUCUAGCCUGACCCUGAACUCAUCAUCCCCUUUCCUGCUUCAUCACUUUCCUGCAAAACAAUCUAUAGUUUGUAUUGACCAAGAUUUAGAAAAACACGACAUUUGUGUAAAUAGUAAAAAUUGUGCUUAA